AUGGCCCCUGGAGCACCCCAGGACGAGAGCGACGAAAGAAAACAACUGGACUUACCUGUGGAGACGCCAAUAACACCCCCUAGAUCAACCAUGAGCGAAGCCUCGCCUAUGAGUCACAACAGACAGGUCAUCCCAGAAGCUACCGACCCUCGAUCACCACCUCCAGCAAACUCUAGCCUUCCCUUCCCUGGGUAUAUGCGAUUAUAUCCCCGAGGGUACGGCACUCGCAAAGACGUGGAAAGAGUACUGCUUGACAGAACAGAAUUGAUUGUGUUGAGAAUGAACUGUCCUGUGUAUAGACAAGAUUUAAUAAUGUAUCUUCAUCUGUUUCAGCAGUCUAUCCAUGCAAAGCCUGAAGAUCUCCCUCUGUACGAUUUGGAGUAUCUGUCAGAUGAAUCAAACUAUUUUGAAUUGUUAGCCUUUCUUCGAUAUGUCUGUAGGCCAGAGAUUAGAGGCAUGGUAAGCGAUCUGUCUAAUGGUGAAUAUCUUCAAAACUUACCUCCACCCUCGCCAUAUCAGCCAUCAACGCGAGAUUAUGAUGAAGAAGUUGUAGGAAAUAUGGGAAAUACCGAUGAACAGUUAUCUGAAGAAGCAAGACAUCAGAAAUUGCUUGCCAGUAUCAAUCGACAAGAAUACUUACGACGAAUGACCCAUCCUAGACCCAAGAACCCGGAACCUCCAUCUAUGGCCAAAGCUCAUCUCUCUCCACCCCACCACCUGGAAACCAGCUCCAAACCCACCUUCUAG